AUGUACUUCACAAUAUCACCCCCAACACCCCGAGAAGCCUCGCAAAUCGUCUCGAUACACAUAUCCUCAAUGUCCUCAAACCCGCUCCUCCUCCUCAUCCUCCAAUUCCCCACUGAGGCCUCCCUUGCCGACCUCCACGACUACCUCAUAGCCGAUGUCCUGCAGCACCUCGCUCACAACCCGUCGCGAAUCCUCGUAGCUCGAGUCAAAUCCGACUCCAACUCCGACGCCGGGGACGAGGUUAGCGGCGGCGGCGGCGGCGGACAUGUCGUCUCCUUUGUAAAAUUCGACAUCGUCCGACGUCGACGUCGUAGUCGUACGGGCGAUUCCAUGCCUAACCGAGAGCGAGACGAAUCCACCGCCACCGGCUCCCAAAAGCUUAGGCCGGGCAAACUGGCGGCGGCCGAUUUGGACUAUGCGAAAGAGAAGCCUCUUCAGGACGGACAACACCUCCAACAGUCAAAAGCGGAGUGGGGCGGAGAUGAGGCAAGUGCGGAGGAAGACGAGAGUGAGGAAGCAGAGAAGUGGCCCGCUUCGGCGAGCCAAGAAUACCUCACCGCCUACGCGACCACCGCAUCUAAAGCACGUCGGGAAGCCAUGGGCUCACGGCCGUUGCUUCGUGAGUAA